UCCUCCGCCCCUCCAUCUCUCACUUAGCUUGCUGGAAGAUGGCGGACUGCAGCUCGUUGUUUGAUGAGGAGAUUUCUUCCCUAGUCUUCAGUUACCUGACAGAGAAUAACCACUGCGGCAGCGGCCAGUUCAAAGACGUGUGCAUUGACGAGCAGCUGUACUCUGAUUUUCUUGAGAUUGACCUUCCCCCUUUUGACUCCAGUGACCUAGACUCCGUCAGUUGUCUUGGUGAGCCACUGUGGUACAAAGACCAUACUGAAAGUGACUCCUGUCAGUACAGCACAGAUCAGUCAGAAUUUCUGGAGACUAUAGACACUGAAAAUGAAGCUCUGUUGGCUGCCCUUACUGAGACUUUGGAUGACAUACAUGCGGAUGACCUUGGUUUAUCAGCUUUCACCACUCUGGAUGAUGAUGCUUCACCUUCGCAGACAGACGCAUUCGAUGCGCCAACCAGUAUAUUGCCAAAUAUACCAACUUAUGACAUUCUCACUCCACCCACACCAGAGGCUGACGAACCGUCUCUACUGGAGAAGUUACUGUUGGCUCCAUCCAAUAAUGCUUCAGGCAAUGAGGCGCAUAAGGAGAGCAAGCUUAGCCGUCAGGCAGUUGGUAAAGGCAAAGCUCCAAGAUUUCCAUUCAAGGUGGAAAGCACACAGUGUAGGAAACACUUCUCAGUCUCAGCUGCAAGUCGACAGUGCACAGAACUACAUAAGCCAAGUCGACAGUGCACAGAACUACAUAAGCCAAGUCGACAGUGCACAGAACUACAUAAGCACCUGACAUCUGAGUCUGCUGAGUCUGAUAGUUCCAGAACUAACAUAAGUGGAGAAAGUAAAUGUGCAUCUCCCAUUAGUCAAGAGCUUGAAGAGGAAGAGAGCAGCUCCAGUGAGGCUUCUUCAGGUGAAAGUGAUGUACCUGGCUCCUUUUCUGAAAGGAAAUCUGUUUGUUCUACAACAGAGAGCAAUCAGAGAUACUCCACACAGUUCACUUCUGAAAAAGAAAUGAAUGCCAUCGUUGAAUUUAUUAAGUACAUGCACUCCUACUGUCUUCCCUCAAGAAAACAGCCAGCAGAGGAACGAGCUGAGAAGCGCAAUUAUUUACAAAUAGCAAAUAUGGACACCUCAUUAAACAAAGUAGCAUGUUCUGGUACCUUGAAAAGAACAGCCCCUGUCCAAACUGGCAGUACUGCAUGCCAACGUGCUGACCAUUUUACUUGUAGCUCGAUGUGUAAGAAUGAAACACAGGAGUUGCCUCUCCUUCGGAUGCUGCUAGAGAGGGAUGCACCUGUUGAUGUCAGCAAGCCUUACAGAAUCGGUGGUACUUUUUACACUUUGCCUGUUUACAGCAAAUGUGUUAGCAAAACUGAAGGGUCUGUAUCUCAAAGAGUAACUAGAGAGAUGAGUAGGAGAACUGUAAAUUCUUCAGAGUUGAUGUCUAUGAAGCAGCAUCAUGAAUGCCAUCAUGCAUCUGGACAGGAAAGGGGCAGUUUGGGCUUACAGAAGGAGGUCACCACAACUGUUGGUAGUCCUUUCACAAGAAAUAUAUGCUACAAAAAAGUGGAAAAGGCAGACACCAUUUCAGAUUGGGACUCUCUGGAAACUCGAUGUUCCAGGCACCUUAAUUCUCAGCUUUUCAAUGGUGACUUCACCUACGCCUUUGGUGAAGUGGCAACAGAAGCAAAAGUGAAGGUAGAACAGAUCUGCCAGGACCUAGAGCCAUUUACCUUACAGGAGAGGUUUGAGGAAGAGCUGCAGCUGGUAGAGGUGGAAGCAAACAGUGAAGCUGAUAGAGCUGUAGAAGCUCUGCUGCUAAGAGAAGAAACACGUAGCCCAAUAAUAACAUUUGAUGGCAUUGGAGCCAGCUCAGAUGAGGACCAGCACUGUAAACAGGAUCUGCCACUCAAACAAAUAGAGAGACCCAAGUUCCUGCCAUUGCCCCAAAGUGAGACACCAUUUCCAAAUAAAACCUUUGAGCAAACACUGACUGUUGAGCUCUGUGGAACAGCGGGUCUUACACCACCUACUACUCCGCCAUACAAGCCAAGUGAAGAUGAUCAUUUCAAACCUGACAUCAAGCGAAGGUCUUCAAAAGAUGAUAUUACAGGAUGUUCUCCACCCAAGAAAACUUGGGUUAUGACAGUCAUCCGCAAUGCUUUAAAGAAACACCCUGAAGAAACAGAACUGUAUGCACACUUGAGCAGGGCUACUGAAAAAACAGCUAGACCUGAGGGAAGAUAUUCAAAGAGGCCCCUCUCACAGUCUCUCGGGGAUCAUGACUACUGUCAAGUACUGAAACCUGAAACACAAGCUCAGAGGAAGAUCCUAAAGUCCUGGGACUCAAAGACCACUGCAGACAAUAAGCAUAUGUCCUGGUCAUCUGUAGGCCAAAACAAGAGCUCAGGUUGUCAAGUGAGAGAUCAGAACAGUAGAACAUCUUUAAAGGUCUCCAAUGCACAAUUAAAAGACCAUGAAAUCAGGGCCAGCCUUACAAAACACUUUGGGUUGCCAAACAAUACACUUGGAGCAACUGAAAAAAUUCUAUGUAAGAUACCAUUUGAGCAGGAUGAUGAUGGAGUCUUUACAGACAGUGAAAAUGAGAGCAGCUGGCCUCUUGAAGACACAUGCCAAGAGGAUGUUUCAAAGCCCUGUUCUCCACGAGCCUUUCCACGCAGGAAUGUAGGAUGUCAGUUAAAGGGCUCAGCUGUUUCUGGGACUUGUUUCCAGCAGCAUUGCCAACAAGGGACCUUUUCUGACUCCAGCUGUUCUCGGUGUAAAUCACCAGUCAUGCGUAGAUCACUAAGGUUUGAGAAAAAAGAAAAAUUCCACAUUGCAAGCCAAAACCAUGGACUAGCCCAGAAGAAGCGGGACAAAGUAUAUGAUGAUCGCCGGGUGGUCUGCAUUCGCAACCUUUCCAACAGUAUGACUCAAGCAGAACUCAAGGCACGCUUUGAGGUUUUUGGAGAGAUUGAUGAAUGUAAGAUAAUCAUCCCCAAGAGCAGAGAUAAGUGUGGCCUCAUUACAUUUCGGCACAUACAAGGUGCUGUCUCAGCCCUUAAAAGAGGCCAUACUUUGAAGAAGAGGAAUGAAACCCCCUUCCAGAUGAGUUAUGGAGGAAUGAGACGGUUUCAUCGGAACACUUACACAGAUUUGGAUUCCAGUGUUGAUGGUUUUGCCCCUGCUGCUACUAAAAGCAAAUAUGGCAUCAUGGAUUUUGACAGCUUGCUUAAGGAGGCUCAGAGAAACUUACAUCGGAAAUAGCCUUACUCCUGGAGGAAUACCUUUAAUACCUCAUCCAAGGCACUUCCAAUAUGUUUACGUUUUCAAAGAAUAUUUAAAACAAAAGAAAAAAAAUGGACUUUUAUCCCUAAAAUCAAUGUUUACAUUAAACAAAGCUGCUUCUGUUUGUGAUGUCCCAUAGCAUAGAUGUCCACUGCCACUUACUUAGUACAUUUAGUUUUGAUUGGUUAUUGUGUGUAUCAUUGUAUGUCAUUUCACUCUGGUGAAGUUGCAGCUGUGUUUGCCAUAUUUGUUGUCUGUAUUGUGUGCUAAUAAUGAGACAUUAAUGUGAACAACACAGAAAAGUAUAGACUAAUUGAAGACAUUUUUAAAGUAUGUAUUCACACUUUAAAUGUAUUUAUAGUUUAUAUGUACUGUAACUUUUUUUUUAAUUUGUUGUGUGCUUCCUUAAUUUGAACUAUGCACUGUAAUAGGGUAUUUGUCAGAAAUGUGGACAAGUAUCAACACUACCUAAUACCUGGAAUCAACUGUUGAUGGCCAUCUUUCUCAGCUUUCUUACAGCCAUGAUAAUUAGCAGGCCAUUUGUAAAUGAGAGCACUGGCAACCAAUAUUAAAUAAUUUUGUUUGUAGAGGAUGGGGUGGUGAUGAUGGAGAGAAUGGUAGAAAAUGAAGAUUGGGACCAACACUGGGGAAAUGCUAAAUAUUAUAAAUCAUGAUCAUACUGGGCCAAAGCCAGUGUAUUACUUGUGCAUUUUACCACCAGCAGAACUAUUAGCACAGGUGAAGUUAAUGUUUCUUAUUAACCUGUAGCAAGACUUUAUGCUUUGUUAUUCAUUUACUGCUGGGAGUUAUUGUGUUCAUCUGUGCUGUUUGUCUGGAGGCAUCGGUAGUAAUCAUUGAUAUCCCACUGGACACUAAGUGGAUGUCUGUGAACUUAGCUAGUUGGUAUUCCAUCUGGCUUGCUUCAAGUAUCUCACAAGAGCUUUGUUGGUUAUCUGCAGGCAUCUGGCUACACGUCAGUCAUUUCUUUUAUUUGUCACUCUUUUUCCACUACUUUUAUCACGUUAGCCAGUAAUUCAAACUGCUGUGUUGUUAUAUUUGAAGACAUUGCUGCCUUUUUCCUUUUAAAACAGUUCUGUGGGCUGAUGUCUCUGACAGUUUAUAUGUUUGGGCUUCAGUGUUCUUUGUCUUAACAAAAAGAAAAAAAUCAUACAUUUUCCUCCAUUAAAUGUAAAUGUAUAAGAUUGCCUUAGAAUUUAUAAAUGCUCCCUGAUCUCAUUUAGGUGUAUGGGUACUUAGUACAGCAGACCACCUAGGAUCCUAGCCCAGUUUCCCAAAUGCCCAAGAGCACUAACUGAUUAACUGAAAGAGGCUAUAGAAAUGAAGUCAUUGUCAUAGCCAUAAUCCUGUACACUAACUGACAAAACAGUUCAUAGCCAAUUACUGGGAAUAUGUUCCAGAAAACCACCAGUAAGCCUAGCCCAGUUUUCCAGUUACUCAAGAGCACUAUCUGGUUAAGGAAUUUGCUCAAAGUUAUGCAGUUGGUAGAUUGAGGAUGAGGGAGUGAAACACUGGACUACAAGAAGCAGCUUGUGAAAAGAUUGUGGCCAGACAAAGUUAUCUCACAUAGACAUGGGAAGAACAUGUAAAUUCUGCAUAGAAAGUGGACAGAUGUCAAGACUGAAUAUUGAACAAUGGAACUGUAAAGCAGAGGUCAUAA